AUGGGAUUUGAACUUGAACUUCAUCUUGAAGAUGUUGAUGGGAGCCCCCUGUCCAGCUCUGGGCACCCAGCUCGGGGACCGUGUAGCAAGGAAGAAGACUCACUGGAUCUAUCUGUUAAUAGUACCUUUGUGUCUCUGGCUUUCUGCAAGGUUGGAGAUUGACCCCUCAAUGCCCACAGAGAAAAGGGACUAAGUCAGGAGCCCCAGGGCAGGAGCCUGGGUCUCCAAGAAAAGAUGAACCAGGAGGAAGGAAGCACUCCAAAAGAAGAGAGCCCUAGGCAGAGUCAUAAGGCAGAGGUGAGGAGGUUAUCUCCAGGACUGCUGGCAGCUGCCUUACAACAGAGCCAGGAGCUGGCAAAGUUGGGUACCAGCUUUGCUCAAAAUGGUUUCUACUGCAAGGCCAUGGUCCUGUUCACCUGAGUCUUGAAGCUCAACCCCCAGGACCACUAGUUAUUUGGAAAUUGCUCAUUCCGCAAUGAACAGCUGGGUCAGCGGGUGUGAGCCCUGACUGAUGCGCCCCAGGGCCUCUUCUGCCUGGGCAAGGCCGUGAUGGGACUGCAGCAUUUUAGAGAGGCAGGUGUGUUCUGGAGACUGAGAGGUGGGUCCCAGCCUGAUGCAGUCUGGGAGCUACAUUCCUGCCUCCUGCAAGUCGCCCUGAGAGAACUGGCCAAGACUGCAAUAACAAGUGGUGCUACUUCCUGCCUCAGACGGAUAAGGGACGCGGAGGAUAAGAGGGGCAUGGGCAGCACUGCUGGAAGGAGUGUCAAGUGCCGCCCCCCCCCCCCCCCCCAGCAGAAGCAGCGAAGAGGAAUCCCUGGGCUGCCUCCGUCAACCGAAUUCCUCCAUCCAUUUUUCCAUGUUGAGCUGGGGCCUUUAAGCCUCUUCUCCUGCAGUUGCCCUGGAAGUACUGCCCCAAGGGCCCCUGGCCUUCUGUCUCCACCCUUGCAUUAUCCCCAACCUGAGCCACUCUGGUCCCUCCCCCAGACUCAGAGCAGAAGACCCAGUCCUCUCCACCUCCAGGACUCCUCAAAGGGCUGGGGCAUCCUGGAACUUGGGCCCCAGCAUCUACCUCACACCAGAUGAAGGAGCACGUGUCCCUAAUAAGGCAGGGCCGUGUGUGCAUCCCACAGUAGCAGUUCACUGCACAUUUUGAGACCUGAACUCUAAAACCACGGUUGGGAACAUCCCCGCAGUCAUACCUCUUCACACAGAGACCCUCUGAUGAGAGAAAGGAGCCCUGCAUCCACUGAAAUAGCCUUUCUUUGGUUCUUAAGCAGAUGGCUUCUUCUGGGAGCAGUAAGGAAGAAUAAAAUCCCCGAAGGCUCAAGAAGGGAUCUGUACAAAAAUUCAGGUUUUCAGACUAUAACAGACCUGUCUGUAGGGGCAUCUGAAGCUUGCUGUUGGUCUUGGGGAACUCACCAGCCAGAGCUCUGUGCUCAGGAAUGGGGUCACAGUAAUGAAUAAGGCUUAAGUCUUGACCUUCAGCUUGAUGGAUGCUCACUUCUUCCUAAUCCCAGUUCUCACCAUGUUUUCUCAAGCCUCAGUUCUCAUGCCUUGUUUCCUGUCCACACUUCUAUGCAUAUUCUGACCUCUCCUUUGUCCAGUGGUUCUGAUGCUCACCUCCUUCCACUGCUGGAAGAUUCACCAAGGGUGUGCAUUUGGGAAGCCCCUUACCAGCCCCUUGCUGGAGCUGGCAGAACCCAUACAUCUCCAUAUAUCCCACCUGCUGGCUCUCCCACUGAUGCGGCCUCAGCAGGUACACAGGCUUCUGCUACUUUGGUCAUAUUCUUUCUCCAUUCCAGCACAGGGCUUUGUAACUAGCAUUUCCCCCAUGUGAAUUUACUUAGUUUUUCUACCCAGGGUCACUGCCCCUAAAAAUACUAAAAUUCUCUAAUUUCUCUAUAAGAAACACAACCUCCUUUUAGUUGUUCCUCUAAGAUCUUGACAGCUCCUCCUGGCUGGUUCCUCCCGGGCUCUGCUUGGGACUCUCAGUUCAUUAAAAUGCGGAUCCGCAGGCCUCCCAGUAUGCUUUUCUUAGGAGAACCAUUUAUCAGGAUAAAUGACUUGCUGCCAUGUGGGUCUUACUCAACACCAUUUGUACCUAGAGAUAGGAGGUGCUGAGACACCUCCUUUGUUUAAGGCUUUCCCAAAUUCUUUUGUUUAUGGUUGCAGGCCUCUUAAAUCCUGUAUGGCAGAAUGCAGUCUGUCAUUACAAGCUGUGUCACCUUGGGCAGAUUUCUUAACUCCUGUGCUUCACUUCCUCUUCUGUACAAUGUGGACGAUCCCUACCUCACAGGGCUGCUAUGAAGGCUGAAAGAGAAAGUGUGAGAAAAUACCUACCAAAAGUCUGGGACAUAGCGAGUGUUCAAUAAACUGAUUUUUCUCUG